AUGGUCAACUCCUGUUGUGGUUCUGUGUGCUCUGAGCAGGAGACCUGCUGCCGCCCCAGCUGCUGCCAGACCUCCUGCUGCCGCCCCCGCUGCUGCAUCUCCAGCUGCUGCCCUACCCCCUGCUGCAGACCGCAAUGUUGCCAGUCUGUGUGCUGCCAGCCCACUUGCUGCAGACCCAGCUGUUGCAUCUCCAGCUGCUGCAAGCCCCCCUGCUGCAAGCCCACAUGCUGCCGCCCCACCUGCUGCAUCUCCAGCUGCUGCCAGCCCAGCUGCUGCCAGCCCACUUGCUGUCGCCCCACCUGCUGCAUCUCUAGCUGCCAGCCCACUUGCUGCCAGCCCACAUGCUGCAUCUCCAGCUGCUGCAAGCCCCCGUGCUGCCAGCCCACUUGCUGCAGACCCACCUGCUGCAUCUCCAGCUGCUGCAAGCCUCCGUGCUGCCAGCCCACAUGCUGUCGAAAUUUAAAGGACCCUCUGGUCAAUUCAGUGGACACAUACCCAAUAAUAGGAAUUAUGUCAAUGUAUCCCAACAAGGAUUCUGCAUCCAUGUCAUGA